GUUAAGUCUCUCUCUCUCUCUCUCUCUCUCUCUCUCAUUUCCUCCAUGGAAACAAAGGGAAGGUCCAUGAUCUUGUACUUGUGGGUUUUGAUUGUAGCCAUUCUUGUUAAUCCUGGUCAUUCGUCGUAUCCCCGGGAAUCGUUUAACGGAAGAAAUACCUGUAAGUCUUCUUCAUGUGGAAAUAUCCCCAACAUAAGCUACCCUUUUCGACUAAAAGAUGAUCCAAAGCACUGCGGCCAGUCAGCCUUUACCCUCACUUGUGAGAACAACAUUACCCUCUUAAACUCGUCUCUUUAUGGGAUAUUCUAUGUGCAGGCAAUCCACUACCAUAACCACACAAUCCGACUAAUAGAUCCAAGCCUACUUCACAACUCCACUAUACCUCGUAAUUUAUUUCCCCGGUUUCCUUUGUAUGAUUUUCCAUUUCGACUAUACCGGUACCCUGAAGGGUUGAUAUCAACACCUAUAAUUUUCCUCAAGUGCGUCAAUCCGAUUGUAAAUACUUCAUUAUUGUACGUGGACACUGCGCCAUGUGUUGACGUCACCGAUGGGUAUGGUUAUUUUAAGAUUGGUGAUAUGACAUUCGGGGAUUGGAACGAGGGCUGUAGUCUUGACUGGAUCGCUUUCACUUUGUUGAACAUCUCAGAAAACUACAACGCAACUUGCAGACACAUACACAAUGCACUCACGAUUGGGUUUCAGUUUCAAUAUGAUGAUGAUCAAAGUUUGGAAGAUUAUUACAAGGGACUAAAUAUAUGUCGAGGCAAGUGGCGUGUUUUUAAUAGAUGUUUUCCACACAGCAUCCGAGGCUUGGUCCAACUUCUGCGUCAGAGUAUUAAAGAAUUCUUUUCUACUGAAGAAACGUCGCAUGUACUAUGGAUACCUAACAAAAGAAUUGAAUAUCGUAGGCUACAUCUCAUUCUCACUGGACUAAUUUUCGCCACAAGACUUACACUUGGAGCUCCCCUAAUAGUUGCUUUUUUGAUCUAUAAAUGGCGAAGAAGACAUUUGUCAAUGUAUACCAGCAUAGAAUAUUUUUUACAUAAUGACUAUAACUUUGGGCCAAUAAGGUAUUCUUACUCGGACAUUAAGAAGAUGAGUAAUAGAUUCAAGCAGAAGCUAGGCGAAGGAGGCUAUGGUUGUGUAUAUAAAGGAAAACUACGCAGUGGUCACUUUGGAGCAAUUAAGUUGUUGGGAAAGUCUACAACUAACGGGCAGGAAUUCAUUAGUGAGGUAGCUACUAUUGGGAGGAUUCACCAUACCAAUGUGGUUCAACUUGUUGGUUAUUGUGUCGAGGGAUCAAAAAGAGCUCUAGUAUAUGAUUUCAUGCCAAAUGGGUCUCUUGAUAAAUACAUUUAUUCAAGAGAAGGAAGUGUCCGGUUAAGUAUUAAGCAGAUGUAUGAGAUUUCUCUGGGUGUGGCUCAAGGUAUCGAUUACCUACAUCAAGGAUGUGAUAUGAAAAUUUUGCAUUUUGAUAUAAAGCCUCACAACAUUCUUCUUGAUCAUAACUUUAUUCCAAAGGUUUCUGAUUUUGGUCUUGCAAAGUUAUACCCAACGGAUGAUAGCAUCGUGUCUUUGACAGCAGCAAGGGGAACAAUGGGAUACAUUGCUCCUGAGUUGUUCUACAAGAACAUUGGUGGUGUUUCAUUCAAAGCGGAUGUUUAUAGUUUUGGAAUGUUGUUGAUGGAAAUGGCAAGCAAGCGAAAGAACCUGAAUGAAAUGGUAGAGCACUCGAGCCAAAUUUACUUUCCAUUAUGGGUGUACGAUCAAUAUAGUCAUGGAAAUGAUCAUUUAGAGAUGGUUGACGUCACAGAGGAGGAAAGAGCAAUAAUUAAGAAGAUGGUCAUCACAUCCUUAUGGUGCAUACAAUUGAAACCAAGCGAUCGUCCUUCAAUGAAAAAAGUUAUAGAAAUGCUUGAAGCAGAUGCUGAAGGCCUACAGAUUCCUCCCAAGCCACUUCUAUACCCACAAGAGAUGCCCAUUAAUGGUUUGCAACAAAUUAAUUUGAAUCCAACAUGCUCCAAUGUUGAGCUAACAUGCACGUUGUCAGCUAGGUCAUAGUCAAGAUUCAACUAAUUUGAAUGCCAAAUUGGAUUAAUGAACUUUUAAGGUUUAUUUUUUAUUGUUAUUUUUAUUUUAUGACAAUUGUAAUUUCAUCCCACCCAUUAGAUGAUUGUGAUUUCUA